CAGCAGAGCCCUGGAUCUGAGCGCCCGGACUGGAUGUAGCUGAUCUUCCAGAGCCCUGAGAGAGCCCGGGGGAAUGGCAGCCGGGCUGUAGAGGGUCGUACCCGCCCUGCAGGAGUGUGUGUGUGCCCGGGGAGGUGUGUGUGUGUGCCCGGGGAGGUGUGUGUGUGAUGAAAGCUGGCAUGAGGAGCUCAGAGAGGAACACUUGAGCAGCUCCAGAGGAACUCCAGUCUGUGUUCUGUGUCUGAAGUGAGGGAUGGACCUGCUGCUGGUUCUGGUUCUGGUGCUGCUGGGGCUGUGUGGCAGUGCCAGGAGUGCGUGGCACAACCAGCGCAAUGGGCUGGCACACACACAGGUUGGCACGGCGCCCCGGGCGGCCAGCAGACACAGGAACUGGUGUGCGUAUGUGGUGACGAAGACGGUGAGUUGUGUAGUUGAGGACGGAGUGGAGACGUACGUAAAACCUGAAUACCAGCCCUGCACAUGGGGGGUGCAGUGCCCACGAGCCGUAAUGUAUCGGACGUACAUGAGGCCGAGAUAUAAGGUGGCGUAUAAAAUGGUGACGGAGAUGGAGUGGAAGUGCUGCCACGGCUUCAGCGGAGACGACUGCAACACCGGACCCAGCGCUGGAUCCGUCACCCAGAUCUCCACAGCCCGACCCUGGCCCAAACCCUCCAACCCCAACCCGGGACACUCCGGCUCCUCUACAGGACACGGGCAGGGCGGAGCCGGGGGGAGAGGCGACAGUGACAAGAUGAAGCAGCUCGAAGACAAAAUCCAGAGCCUGACGAAAGACCUCCACGACCUGCAGUCCACGCUACGUGGGAUGAACGAGAAGUUCCAGGAGGAGAUGAGGAAGCCUGGCGGCGGUAACGGCGCGAAGACGCCGGCGGACCAGCCCGAGAUGAAGGAGACCAUUCACAACAUCCAGACCAAGCUGGACCAGCUGGACAACAGAACCCAAGCUCACGACAAAACUCUGGUGAACAUCAACAACCACCUGGUGAAUGGAGGUGGUGGCGGUGGCGGAGGCGGCGGGAACGACCUGGGCGUAGACAGAGACACGGGAGACGGUGGAUUUAACAUCAUGAAGGAGGAGAUUCUGCGAGAGCUGGAGAACCGGGUAAGCGUUUCCUGUUCCGCCUGCCAGGCCGGGGUGGAUGACCUGCGGCGGCAGCAGCAGAGGGACCGGGAGAGGAUCCUCGCUCUGGAGAAACAGAUCAGCGCCAUGGAUCAGCGGAACCGGCAAACUCUGGACAAUCUUCGCCGAGACCUGAGCCGAAGCCAAAGCUGCUGCGAUUCGGUCAUCGACCUCCGAGAGAGGCUUGGGCAAGUGGACAAGAAGGUGACGUCAAAUUCAGAGGCUUGUGAAAGCCUGCAGGACCGCAUGGACAAGGAGCUGAGAGGAAGCGGAGGCGAAGUAACAGAGGACACUAUCAGUGGUUACUUGCAAGAACUGGAGCGCCGACUGAACGGCACAGUUCAAUCCAUGGAGGAGAACGUCGCCUACAUGGAGAACGACUUGAAAGACCUUUUCCACAAGGGGCUUCGAGACUUGCGUAAUGACCUCUCCAGUCGCAUCGAGGACCAAGACGACAGGAUUACAGACCUGGAUUUGGACAUUGGCGCCGUAAAAGAGACAGUGUUUGAUCUGGACAAGCGUUUAACCCGUCAAGAGAACUUUACUUUGCAUGUAGACAGGAAGAUAAGCGAAUGCUCUUCGUGCUCCAGUCCUAGAAGGCCGCCUACCCCACCAGGAGAAGAAGAUUACAUCAGCCAGGAGGAUACGGUGAAGUCCCUGAAAUGGAGGGUCAUCGCCAACGAGCACAAAAUCAAAACGUUUGAAACCCGACUGAAAGAAAUCUCGGUGUCUGGAGACUCUAUGACGGACAAAGUCAUCGACCUCAGCCACGAUAUCCGCAAGAUCAAAGCUCUGACCGGCGACAACGGGGAACACUUCAACAGAAUUGUAACAGAGAUCGAGAACUGCGACCUUUGUAGGACGGUUCAAGACGACUUGAGGAUACUGAAGAACAUCACGAGCCACGCUGUGGACAAGUGGCAAACGGAUAUGAACUACAUCAAGGGGAAGGUCGACUCCGGACAGAGCGGGUGUUCGGACGUUUGCUCUGACCUUCAGGAGGACGUCGAUAAACUGAAGGAGGACGUACAGAAGUGCCAGUGUAAGAUCAGUUUGGAGAGUCCCAGUGGAACGGGAACUUCAGGAACGACAGGUAGAGGCGAUGGCGACAGUGGCCUGGAUCACUCUCAAAAGCCUCUAGAUGGCCACAGUGUCAUCAGCAGCAACAACGGCAACCUCCGGUCAAUCCAGGGACAGUUGUCCGAGGUCAUCUUGACCUUCAGCUCCAUCAACGACACUCUGAAAGGGUUGGAGCACAGCGUCCACAAGCACAACAGCGUCAUCACGGACCUGGGCAACACCAAAGACAAGAUCAUCUCAGAGAUCGACAAGAUCCAGCAGGAAGUGACGGAGCACAUCGAGGACAGUAAACUACGCUUCGACAAUGUGGACCGAGACGUGAAACGCUUCGGGAACAACUUCGUGGUGGAGAUGGGUGACUGCAAGAGGACAGGCGACGGUCUGGACAAGAGACUCUCGAAGCUGGAGGGCGUCUGCGGCCGGCUGGACUCCGUCUCCGACAGUCUGCAGAAGAUUAAGGAGGGUCUGAAUAAACACGUCUCCAGCCUGUGGAACUGCGUCAACGGCCUCAACGCCACGGUGUCCUCCCACAGCAGCUUCAUCCACACCAUCCAGGACACUCAUCUGGACGGCAUCCACAGCAAGGUCAAGCAGCUCAACUCGUCCCUGCAGCACGUCCUCAAGCAGUUCCAGGACAUAACGGAGCAGGACCUAACAGGUCUACCUGGACCCCCAGGCCCUCAGGGAGAGAGAGGAUAUCCAGGACUUCCUGGACCACAAGGACCAGCCGGCAGAGAAGGACCACCCGGCAAACCGGGAGUGGAGGGACCAAGAGGAGCUCAAGGUCCCAAAGGGCUGCAAGGUCUUCCAGGUCUGGACGCCAGUGUUCCCAAUAUCGCUUUCUCGGCGGCUCUGACUAAACCGAUGGGGAAUUCUGGAACUAUAGUGUUUGAUAAGCUCUUCGCUAAUGAAGGAGAUUUCUAUAAUGCAAACACAGGGAUCUUCACGGCUCCUCUGGACGGGCACUACUUCUUCAGCGCCAUCCUGACCGGCCACAAGAACGUGAAGAUCGAGGCGGUUCUGUCCAAGUCCAACUACGGCGUGGCGCGGGUGGACUCGGCCGGGUACCAGCCCGAGGGUCUGGAGAACAAGCCCAUGGCGGAGGCCAAGCCCACGCCGGGGUCCCUCGCCGUCUUCAACAUCAUCCUGAAGCUGCAGAUGCACGAGACCGUCUGCGUGGACCUGGUGAUGGGGAAGCUGGCCCACUCCGAGGAGCCGCUCACCAUCUUCAGCGGGGUUCUGCUGUUCGAGGACAAAUAGGAGAACCUGGACUCCGGUUCCGCUGGGAGAACCUAGAACCUUACGACAGAGGUGAUCCACGACCAGCUAGAGAAAUAAAAUUAAAAUUAAAAAUAAAAAAACGACGGGGCCAGAAAACGACCAAACGGAUUCCACCACUGGCCAGCAGGGGGAGCUGUGGGGCACUGCGUACUUCCUGCGCUGUUGUUUUUUCCUCCGGAAUCGUUUUCAGACCCUCUGAUGAUGAUGAAGAUGAUGAUGAUGAUGAUGAUGAUGAUGAUGAUGAUGAUGAUGAUGAUGAACUCAUUGGAGACAGAAUUUUAUAAUUUUAUAAUUUUAUAAGUGUAAAGCAGAGGAACUCUGAACUCUCGAUAUUUUCUACAUAUAUAUAUAUAUAUAUAUUUUACCCUCCUCCUCAUUCAAACAAACAAACACGUGUUACCAGAUACUACUGUAGGUUUUGUUUUUUUUUAUUCUAAUUGUUAAAAUGUUUAAUAUUGAUUGAUUGAUUGAUGAUAAAGUGUAUUAUUGAUCCGCCUCCAGUGUUUAUAGGAAUCACCCAGCGAAGCCGUCGACUGUGAGGUCUGUUAGACUUCCUAUAUAACGCAAAAAAAAAAAACGUGCUGCGAAGUUCAGUAUUCACCUGCCAAAGUGCUCAAAGUGCUCAACUCACACUCCAGGUUUACACUACUAAACUUGUGAGUGUGUGUAUGUAAAUGUGUGUGUGUUUGUUUUUGUGUUCAACAGGGAUUAAAGAGGUUUAUCUGUUUUGAUAAAAAAGA